GUAGUAACACAAAUGCUGCACUAUGACAAUGAAAUAUUUUAAAUUAAUCUUUCGAAACUAGUAGAUGUCCAGUGAAAGAUAUUCGACGUUUCUAAAUUCUAGUGUAACCUGGCUUAUCAAAGGCAUAUCAGAAACAUCAGAAUGCAUGGAAUCUUAUAUUGGUCCACAUCCAUUCUCCGAACCAGAAAGCAGAACUCUAAGGGUAAAUAGAUUUUUAAUUAUUCUACUUGGAAUAUACUCCAUGAUUCUUGAAAUAGAUGACAGAAGAUCAAGCUCGCCAAUGCCUGCGGACGCGAACCAACACGUAGCAGACUUGGUAGGGAAAGAUUAAAAUACUAAUUACUCAUCGAUACAAUAUGUCAAAUUUCUUCAAUUGAUUUUGAACUCUAACUACAAAACAUUAAGGUUUAACAUGAAGUGGAUCAAGUUGACAGUUUUGUAUAGCCUGACGUCAGCACGUAUGUUUAAUGUAAUCAAACAAUGUUAUUUUUAUUAGCAAUCAAUAGGUAAAAGCCUAAUUAAUUGUCGAUAUUUAUGAAUUCUUAUCUACAUACUUAUAUAACGACAAUAUUUUCUAGGACACGGUGCUGAAGAAAAAAAGUCGUUUGAGUGCAGUUUUAGAUUUUCAUGCAUACGGUCAGAUGGUAUUGUAUCCAUGGAGCGGCAAAUCUACACCAACAGAACUCAAAGCAACACACAACGUUACAGCCAGUGGGCUCUGCCAGGCAAUUUACAAACACAGCAAGAAAAAGUAUAAAUACGGGCAUACAUACCAUGUUGUCUACCCAGCAUCUGGUUCCGCUAUGGAUUGGAUUUACGACACAGGGAUAGUACACACCUACGUCAUCGAAGGUCAAGAUAAAGGCUAUUACGGGUUCUUAAUGCCCCCCGAACAAAUCGAAGACGCAGGCAUGGAGAUGCUGGCUGCAGUCAAAUAUUUAGCAAAUACUCUAAAUGACCAGAAACCUGGAGAAUCCAAAUCUAAAUCGUGGUUUUGAGCAAAAUAAGGCCGCUAGUGCAUUAAAUUUAACAGAAAAGUAUUUUUUUUUUGUGCUGGCAACUAGUAUAGUUUCUAAAGUAAAAAAAAAGGAAAAUAUACUAAUAAGCGUAUUUUAGCGUAUUUUCAUUGUACAACAAUAAAGGUAUUGUCCCU